UCCUGACAUGAAGUUCAAUUUACUCGCUACCACCGUGAUUCUGCUCGUUGCCUUCCUGCCGCGCCGCGAAUGUCGGGCCAUUGAGAGCCCCGGUGGAGCCCUGCGCCUCCCGGGUGCGCAAGACUCCCAGCAGGUGGAGCAGCAGCAGCACCAACAGCAACACAGGUCGCCCUCGGGUCCCAUACUGGAGCGCCUCGGGGAGGAAUAUUUCAUCCGGCUGGGCAACGGCGACUCGAACUCUAUGCCCCCCUCGUCCAUGUACCCCAUCGGAGCCGGUGGGCUCUUGAACCGGGCGCUGCAGCAGCAGCUGAUUCGGAGGCUUUUGCCAGGCAAAGUGGGCAACGUUCGAGGCGGCUUCAGCAAUGACGACGAGGGGGACUCGGUGGAGCGGGGCCGCCGGUCCGAAGACCCGCCCAUCUCCCUGGACCUCACCUUCCACCUACUGCGGGAGAUGAUGGAGCUGUCCAGGGCGGAGCAGCUGGCCCAGCAAGCCCAGAACAACAGAAGAAUGAUGGAGCUUUUCGGGAAGUGAAGACCAAAGAACCUCAAAUCCACCCUUAAAAAAAAAACUAUUUCUUUAUUUUGCUGCUUUUAUCACAUUAUGAUUUACAGCUCAAACUGGAUGUUAAAAUGUGACAAAAAACUUUGUAUCCGACAAAAAAAAGUUGCUUUUUUUC